AUGUCUGCGAAAUUCGAGAAAGCCGUCAGCAUCGUCCAGAGCCUUCCAAAGGAUGGACCGAUUAAGCCCACACAGGAUGAUCAGCUCAACUUUUACAAGCUCUACAAACAAGCUACUGUCGGCGAUGUCAACAUCCCCCGUCCUGGCAUGCUAGACUUUACAGGCAAAGCGAAGUGGGAUGCUUGGGACUCUGUCAAGGGCCUGUCCAAGGAAGAUGCCAUGGCCCAAUACGUCGAGAAACUGAUUGAGAUCUUGAAGAAAGCUGAUACCGAGGAGGCCAACAAAUGGAUCGCGGAAAUCGAGGCAGCUUGA